AUGGCUUCUGGUCAAGAGAUGGAUGCUACUAAGGAGGUGCCUAUUGUUGGCAAUGAAGGAGAUAAUGCUGCUCCUGCUGCUGACAUUGAUCUCAACCUUGAGGACUUCGUGGUUGACAUGGAGAUCAAUGGAAGUGAAGCUGACCUUGAGGCUGAUGCUGACAAUGAGGAUGAGACUGGCUCUGCUGAGGGUGUCUCUAAUGAGACCGAGGACAUCGCUGUUAAACUUCAGACUCAAAUCACGGAGCAGAACAUUCUCAUUGGAGAGCAGCACUGCCGCAUCCAGAACUUGGAGGCUGAUUCCGAUAAGCUUCAGGCCUUGAUUGAGAAGCUGACCAGGGAGGUGCAGUCGAUUCCAAAGGGAAAUGACACCUCCAGCUUCAUCCAGGACCUGCAGACCACUCUCCAGUUCGUGCAAGAUCAGCUCAAGAAGCAAGAGAAACACAUCUCUGUGCUUCAGACUCAGUACAGGGAGAUCCGGCGUGGAAACCUCUACCAGCCUGCUCCUGCAGCAGAGCGAGUUGCCAACGCCGCUAACAGCCGUGCUGCACCUGCUUAUGCACCUCCUGCUGUUCCUCCUCCUACUAGAGCACGUGCUGAGCCUCCUACUGCAGCAGCAACUGCUUUUGGCUCCUGCCCUUCGGCCCUGCCUCGUUUUGUCCAUGGCAAAACUGACGUUGAGACUUGGCUCUCCAUUGCGGAGGACUUCAUGUCCAUCCACAAUUGCGGUGACCAGCCUGUACGCGAGUACGCCAAGGAGUUUGAGAAAACUCUGUCGCUGCUGAAGACUGCUCUUCCUAAGAGUGAGGUCAUCCACCAGUUCUUCAAGGGACUCCCUGAGCACAUCAAGCGUGUGCAUGUUGUGCGUGGGGAGCACCAGUGGAGGACCUACAAGGAGUGCAAGGAGCAGGUCAUUGACACGGAUGUGAAUUUCCGUGCGUACAUGACUCACGCUCGUGCUCAGCAGCAGCCUAGUGCCGAAGGCCCUAGGGGGGGUGGUAACAGGACUCAGGCACACAGGGGCAGUGGCUCUUGGAAGAGGCCCUAUCAGCAGAAGGGGGAAUCCUCUGGGACUCAGUCCAAGAGGGCCCAUGCUGUGCCUGCCAAGGAUCCUCAGGAUGAGGAUAAGCCCCCGGCGGGCUGCCGCAUCUGUGGCAAGCUUGGGCACAAGUCCUAUCACUGCCGUUGGAGGAAGUCCAUCAAGAACUCUAGCAAGCCCAACCAGGGCAAGAAGCCGGAUGGUUCUGGCCCUCCGGGCCCGAAGGAUUUUCCGAAGUCCAACUAG